AAAUUAAUAGAAUUUAUGAGCAGAAACCAGUUUUUAUACGAUAAAAGCCAUCGAAAUUACAAAAACACCUCCCUGAGAGACGGUAAAUUUCAGGAGCUUUCGGAAAAGUUGAACAUUCCAGGUAAAUCUUUAAUUUUAAAACUAAUGACACGUUGGCGGACCCUACGCGAUAAAUUUUAUAAGGAUAUGAAAAAGAAACCAUCGAGAAGCUGCGUGGAUUCGCCACAUAAAAAUAGGAAAUGGCUGGAUAGCCUGAUGUUUUUAAAAGACGUUGAAAUGGAUAACAUGAAUACCCAGAGCAAUUAUGGCCAAGAAAUUGUUGAGGGUGACGACUUUUUCCUGAGCGAUUUUGGCGAAUCCCUGGAAAAAAAAAUAAAAAUUGAAGAGUUAAUCGAAAGCUCUCAUAAAAAUUUUAAACGUGUUACGUCAUUAGCUGAAGCAUUAUUGAUGGGUAGCAGUGAAAAAUCUGCUAUACAACUAUUUUUUGAAAGCCUUGCCAAGCAGGCGGAGGGUGCUAAUUUAACAAGCCUGGAGAUGUCAGAAUUACAACUCCAAAUGACACAAUCAUUUCACCAAUUUUUAGUGAACAUAUCAAAAUAAGUUUUUUAAUCACUUUUUUUAAUUAUAUUUCUUCAAACGAAUUGAAAUAAAAAACCAAGCAUUCAAUUAUAGUAAAAAGUAUAAAAUUAUCUAUUUAUUCCAUUGUUGUAGCGACAUAAAACAUUCACAAAUAAUUUUGAGGAAUUCAGGUCCGUUCCAGUUAAGUAGAACCAACUGUUGUGAGGACGGAUUUAUUUAUUUUAUAAUAUAUUUAUCAAAUAAAAGAUAAUUUUUAUGAGGAUUUCGGGCAUUAAACGCACUUCGUCUUGCGGCUUGACAAUAUCGUACUCUGAUGCAAUGGCGCUACAAAUUGUCACCACUGCCCUUCUAUUAGUAUGCCAUUUUCAUUUAGUCAACGAAGUUUUUGGGACAACAGAAAUCGGAAUUAUAAAACUUUACAAAUUUAUGUAAAAUUAAUGUUGCUUUUACUAUUGUAUUGGCAUUUUCGGGAAACACAUCCAAAGACUUAUAGAGAACUCGUCAUAUAGCCAUUAAAAUGCCAAAGGUAUUUUCAAUUGUAAUCCGCUCUGGAUAAACAUUUAUUCAAAUGGUCUUUGUUUACUUCCAAACAAUUUGGCCGGAUUUGGCCUCAUCAAAUGUUUUGUCAAAGGAAAAGCAGCAUUCCCACAUAAUAAAAUGGGAAAUUUAUCGAACUACGUGGGAAAUUUUCUGCUUUACCACAAAGUGAGAACAUAAAACUGUUUCAUCGACAAAUGGGAAAUUUGAUAAAGUGGCUGAGCUUAAAAUAAAUAUUUUUGUUUUGUUCAAAAAACAAUGUAAACUGACCU